AUGUCAACACACAAGGAAUGCAAAUAUUGUGGUAAGGACCACAAGUGGGGCAAACAGCACUGUGCUGCGUAUGGGAAGUUAUGCAAAAAAUGCAAUAAGCAGAAUCAUUUUGCACAGAUGUGCAGGUCAAGUGCGAAAUCCGGAACAAAGCAAGCGGCCGUCCACAUGAUGCGAUAUGAGUCCGACAGCAUGUAUGAAGACAGCAGUGACGAUCAACGCUGGAGCAAACAGCAAGUAGUGACAUUAACGUUGACGCCGCGUGAUGACGAAAUCAACGUGUUAGAUGGCAGAAGAUAUGGAAACAAGUUAUGUACAACGUUGACAGUUGAUGAAACGCCUAUCCGAUUUCAGAUGGAUACAAGUGCCACAUGCAAUGUCAUCAGGAAACAAGAUAUUCCACAUAGAAGAUUGAAUGACUUGCAGCAGACAACACAAACACUUACUCAAUACAGUGGAGCAGAGAUUAGACCACUUGUGAAGUGCAUACUGCGUGUCAAAAAUCAGAAGAAUGCGCAAACCUAUGAUGUUCAGUUUGUUGUGGUGGAUAAUGCAGCUACUACAUCCAUAUUAGGAGCUCAGACAUCACAAGCCAUGAGUCUAAUCAAAGUGGACUAUGACAACAUCCAGAUGAUACAAGAGACUGAACAGCCACAGGGGAGAGUCACAUGGAGACAAACCAUGCUCACGAAAGAAGUGAUUACUCAAGAAUAUGCUGAAGUAUUUGAAGGAGAACUUGGCACACUUCCAGGAGUAACACAUUUGGACAUCGACCCCAUGAUACAGCCAGUGAAACAGCCACUGAGACGACUUCCAAUUGCUAUGAAAGACAGAUUGAAAGCAGAGUUGCAGAGACUUGAACGCUUAGAGAUUAUACAGAAAGAAGAGGCAUCCACUGAUUGGAUCUCAAGCUUAGUAGUGGUGAAGAAGCAGAAUGGGAAGCUACGAGUCUGUAUAGACCCACAACCACUCAACAAAGCAUUAAAACGAAGUCAGUAUCAAAUGCCGAUACUAGAUGACAUUCUACCGGAGCUAUCAAAAGCAAAAAUUUUCAGCGUGCUAGAUGUGAAGAAUGGCUAUUGGCAUAUUGCCGUUUGGGAUCACGCCAGCACCGGAAAUUUUCAAAGGGCACUUGACAAUGCAAUUCAUGGACUUGCCGGAAUAUACACGAUUGCAGACGAUAUUUUAGUAGUUGGCAGUGGCACAACACAUGAUGAAGCAAGGAAAGAUCAUGAUGAGAAUUUGCUACGACUACUACAGCGAUGCAGGAAUCAAGGAAUAAAGUUGAACAAAGACAAAUCCUACAUUGCAACACAGAAGGUAGCCUACAUGGGACACGUGCUUACGUCUCAAGGGAUUAAGCCGGAUGAUGACAAGAUAGAAGCAAUAGUGAAGAUGCCACCACCACAGGAUGUACAGGGAGUGAGGCGACUAAUUGGUAUGACCAACUACUUAUUAAAGUUUAUGCCACACCUGUCCGACCUCCUCGAACCACUCCGUCAGCUAACUAAACAACACAUCCAGUGGGAAUGGACUGAUGUCCAGGAAACAGCAUUCAAUGACAUCAAGAGAACAGUAACAACAACACCUGUACUCAGGUACUUUGAUCCCAAGGACGAAACAACUAUACAGUGUGAUGCAUCUCAAACAGGACUAGGAGCUGUAUUGAUGCAAUCAGGUCAACCAGUAGCAUACACCAGCAGGACUUUAACUGACACUGAGCAACAAUAUGCUCAGAUAGAGAAAGAACUUCUAGCAAUUGUGUUCGGAAUGGAGAAAUUCAACACGUACACCUAUGGAAGAAUAAUCAAAGUAGAAACGGAUCACAAACCACUCGAGACGAUCCACAGAAAACAUUGCACACAGCACCGAAGAGAAUACAAACAAGGGAAACAGAUGGUAUUGGCAGACACAUUUUCCAGAGCCUACCUACAACACACACCACGAGACUGUGAACGCAUAGAAGUAUUCCAAGUAAAACAUAACUUGGCAAAAGAGUGUGAACAAAUAGAUAUGCUACAAGAUGUUCAGGUGUCACAAGUGAGACUAGCUGACAUCAGAAAUGCCACAAAGACAGACACGGCCAUGCAGCAGCUGAAACAGACGAUUCUACAAGGAUGGCCCGAUAACAAACAUACACUACCAGGAUCCAUUGCUGAAUUUUUCAAUGUGAGAGAUGAACUAGUCAUACAGGAUGACAUCAUUCUCAGAGGAAACAGAGUUGUGGUACCAAGAAGUUGCAGCCCGGAUAUGCUACAGCGGAUUCACACAUCACACAUUGGAGUGAAUGGAUGCUUGAGGAGAGCCAGGGAGUCAUUAUACUGGCCAGGGAUAACAGCCAAAGUAAAAAACCAUGUUAGCCGAUGUCACAUAUGCCGGACCUAUGAAACUAGGCAAACAAAAGAAAAGUUGCAAGCUCAUGAGAUUCCAGACAGGCCACGGGCCAAAGUUGGAGUAGACUUAUUUACAUUCCAAGGACGUGAAUAUCUACUCACAACGGACUAUUAUAGCAACUAUUGGGAGACGGACAGAUUGUUAACUACUACUUCAGAAGAAGUUGUCAAAAAGCUGAAAGCACACUUUGCUUGA